AUGUCGGAUUCACCAAAUCUACCGCACGAUCAAAAACAGCAACAGCAACAACAUCAACAUCAACAUCAUCAACAUCAACAAGGUUCAACUUCUUCAAAUCCACGACUUCGAACAAAUGAAAAAUUCCGACGAGCACCACAACAACAUGAUCUUCAACAGCAACAGCAACAACAACAACAGGACGAAGAUUUAGAAUUAAAUCGAGAGCAAGACCAAGAUGAAGAUCAAGAGGAUGACGACGAUGACGACGACCAAGAUAAUCAAGAAAUUAAUGAGGAUCAAGAUCAACAUCAGGAUCAAGACCAACAUCAGGAUCAAGACCAACAUCAGGAUCAAGACCAACAUCAGGAUCAAGACCAACAUCAGGAUCAAGACCAACAUCAGGAUCAAGACCAACAUCAGGAUCAAGACCAACACAUGCCGCAACCUGAAAAUCAUGAAUUAGAAUCAACUAAUUUACUACAACCAUCUAAUGCAUCAAUUCCAAUGUCUCAAAAUCUAGAAUUCUUCAACCGUUCUAAUAACCGUGUUCCAUCAAUUACUGAUGGAAGUACCAUAACUCAAGAUAGCUCAACUAUUGCUUUAUCACCCAGUGAAGGUAAUUCCCUGAUUUAUAACCCAUCAAUUAAACAAAAUCAACAACAAAUACCUGCAAGAAAAAAAAGAGUUCGAGUUUCAAAAGCUUGUACAUAUUGUCGUAAAAAAAAAGUUAAAUGUGAUGGAGGACAUCCAUGUUCAAAUUGUCGUCAAAAUAAUGAUAACGAUUGUGUUUAUGUAAGUGACUCAGAAAGGAAACCUAGAGCCCCUAGAGCAAGCUCUAUUAUUUCUUCAAAUGCAAAUAAAGUAACUAAAACACAAUCAAUUAAAGAAUUAGACACAAGAUUGAUUAAUAUUGAGAAUUUAUUAGCACAUUUAACUGAAGGUCUUCGAGAUUCUAAAAACUUAACAACACAAACUGGAAUAAAAAUUAAAGAAGAAAAAUCAGAAAAUGAUGACGGAAAACAAGAUGAAGAGAUUGAUAUCGAUGUCAACGAAGGAGAUGAUGAUAAUAUAACAAGUAGUUUUGUUGAAGACAAAUCUUCCCACAUAUCAUUUACUCGACCUAAAGCAAAACAUGUCAAUGCUCCCCCAUCAAGUUCAUAUUUACAAGAUAUAGAUGAAAGAGGAGAAUAUAAUGAUAAAUCAGAUCCUGAAGUAUUACUAAAUAAAUUUGGAUUCCAUUCGGUCAUUGAUAUUUUUUCAAAAGCUUCAUUUGAUAAUAUUUUAUUUGGUUUAGGUCCACAUCAUAAAUCUGAAACAAAAGAUUUGCAACAAAUUAUAAAUAUUUAUGAUUUUUUUUCACUGGCUUUUCUUGACUCUGUAAGUCAACCAAUCAAAACAAAUUUAAGAAGUAGAACUGAUUUGAUGGAUAAUACUUUUUCGGAUGAAACAUUGCCAUUAGAAAUAUUAAGUAGGUUUGAUGAAUUAUAUAUGGCUUCAUAUAUUUGUGGUGCUUCAUAUUUAAAAGAUUUAUUUGAAAAAUAUUUUCAAAAUAAAAAGAAAAUUCCAACAAAGGGUCCUAAUUCAAAAUUGAGAUCUUUUACUUGGUCAGAACUAAUGAUUAUGACUUGUCUGAUAAGUUUAUGUAUAUCACAAAUUGUUGAUGAAAGAAAUGUCAAUAAAAUUAAAAAAAUAGGUAAACCAGCUGGUAAAGCAUUACAAAAUUUAAGUGAUCAAGAUUUAUUAGAAUUAGAUUCUAAAUGUUUUUUCUCACUGAUUUUUUAUUAUAAUAGAUUAGCAUUUUUAAGUGAAGGUGUUUCAACGGUUCAAGCACUUUUAUUAUUUAUCAUUUAUUUACAGCUGGUUACAUCUUCAAUUAAAGUGAUAUAUUUGCCGUUGACAAUUGCAAUGAGAAAUGCUCAAGAACUAGCAUUACAUAGAAGAGAAUCGUAUGAGGGAUUGAGUUGGCAAGAGCAACAAACUAGAAAGACAUUAUGGUGGUUUUGUGAAUCUUAUGAAGUUGCAUAUUGUUUCCGUCAUGGUAAACCAAUUCAAAUAAGAGAAGAUGAACUUUCUGCUCUUAUUGAUGGUGACAAAUCAACCAAAACAAUCAUGCAUUCUAAUAUUGAAUUAAUAAGGAGUUUAUGGGAUGAAAGAACUAAGUUAGAUGAAUCAAAAUUAAAUGAGAUGAAAGAGAAAAGAACUUUACAUCAAUGUGCUGCUUAUUUUAUUUAUCGAUUAACAAAAAUUAGAAUGAGAUCUUAUGAUUUAAUUUACAGUGUAUCGGCUCAAAAUAAUAGAUUAUCUACAAUAUUUUCUCAUAUUGAUGAUAUAAAUAAAAGUAUGCAAGAAUUAGCAGAUUUGGCGGAACCUCCGAUAACUAUUUGUUUUUAUAAUGAUCCAAGAUUUCUAUUUAAGUCGAAAAACAAACCAUUGGAACAAAUUUUGGUGGUUGAUUCUGGUUAUGAAAAUUUCUUAGCUAUGUAUUUUGAAUUCUAUUUGCAUUUAAUGACAAUAAAUAGAGUGGCAUUGCAACCAAUAACUAAUACUGGUGAUAAUGAAGAUUUAAUACAAAAAGCAAGAGAAUUUAGAAAUAUAGCUAAUGAAAGUGCAAGAACAAUCUUAUAUGUUACAAAAAGUUUUAAUAUGAAAACAAUGUAUUUUUCAGCUUUCAGUUGGUUUUUAUACUAUCCAUUUGCUGCAUUUAUGCACUUGGCAAGUGUUCAUCUUGCUAAUCCAAACACUCAUGAAGCUGAGUCUGAUUUAAAGUUAAUGAUUGAAAUAUCUUUUAGCUUUUUUGCUUAUAAGAAUAAAAGUAAGACUGUCAAGAUAGUAAGAAACUGUGUUAGACAAACAUUAUAUGAUUUAAUCACUCGUUAUUUUCUUAAAAUUUUUUCAAACAUCAUUACUGAUCCAGAAGUACAUAAUAGAAUAUUUGGUAAGAACAAAAUAUCUCAAAAACAUUUAGAUUUGCAAAAUCAAUUUCCUGAAUUUUUUACAGCUAAAAAUCAAUUGGGUAUUAAUUCAGAAUUAACCACUGAUGUAUUUAAAAAAUGGUUCAGACCAUAUGCUUUAGCUAACACUGGUCAACUCCCGGUAAACGAAGAACAUCUUAGAGCCAAUGAUCAUAAUCAAAGACAAAACGAUGAUCAUAGAAAAAUUAAUCAAUUAGGUGAAGAAAGUAACAAAACGGAUGCUUUAUCAAAAUCAAAUUCUCAAAUUACAUCAGACAUAACUUCGAAUGAAAAUUCUGGAACUGGUGAAUCACUUAAGUCAAGUAAUACAUCUAGUGGUUCCAAUAAGAAUAUACUGGUUGAACGUAAAAUAGACAAUAUUUUGAAAAAUGCAAUAUCACCACUGAAUUCAACACAAGUAAGAACUCAAGAGUAUGAAGAUCAAUUAACGGAUUUUGCUUAUCAACAACAAAGACUGCAAAUACCUCAAACAACUAGUGGGACAAGUGGUGCAAGUAGUACUAAAAGUUCACAAUAUAGACCUAGAAUGGGGCCUCGUCUGCAGCUGCAAAGAAGUAUUCAACAACAGCAGAAACAACAACAACAACAACUUGACAAACAACACCAGGAACAACAAGCUCAACAACAACUACAGCAACAACAAGCUCAACAACAACUACAGCAACAACAUGCUCAACAACGUGCUCAACAACAAGCUCACCAACAAGCUCAACAACAUGCUCAACAACAGGCUCAGCAGCAUCAACAACAAGUUCAACAACAUGCUCAACAACACACUCAACAUCAUGCUCAGCAACAAACUCAACCACAAUAUUCUAAUCAUAUGCCUCCUUAUUUCCCACAAGUUGCUCAACCUGACCAUUUUUCAGCUGGAGACAGUACAUUUACAUCUCAAUUUCUGGAAUCUCCUAUCAAUCAAAAUUCAGCAAUGAUGCAACAUACUCAUUUUUUCCCAAAUACAAAUCAAAUUCCACAUAUGAUUGCAGCAAAUGCUGACGAUGAUUUCCCUAAUUUUCAAAGACAAAAUACUCAACAUCCACCACCAACUUCAGCUCAUUCACAACCACAACCACAACCACAUCCUCAACAGCAACAAUCUUUCAGUCAUCAAUAUGGUCCACCUCAAUUCUCAGAUUCAAAUGAUCAAAAUGUACCAUCUCAACAAACAUUUGCUAAUGUAUUUGGAGCAGCAACGAAUUUUGAAAUUCAAGAAUUAUUAGAUGAAUACAAUCAAAAUCAAAAUGUUGGUAACCAAGAUCAAACGCAACAAGAAUAA